CUCCCCCCUCACUGCCAGCCUCAAUCGCCCCAGUGAUGAUGUACGUCUGCAUAUAAGUGCAAUACCUUAAUCAGUGUGUAUGAUUUCGCCGUGAUUAAAACGCGCCCCUGCAAUUUUGCUAAGUGUAUUAAAUUGUGAUUACUUACUCAACCGCGUUCAAUGCGCUGGCAGGGCCCGCUCCGGACGCUCUUUAGUGGUUAGGGGAGGCGAUAUAGUACGGGACUCGCGGCCAACUGAUUGACUGAGUCAACUGGGGGAAACAGACAAGACUAAGAUAACGCACGUAUCUGGUUGGGGCUAGACACUCAAAGUUUCCCUAAGCGAUCGGCAUAAACAGGCGAUACCAGAGAAAUAAAAAAGCAGCAGCAUUUCAUUCAAGUUGACAAUUACAUUCCAUGUGGACAGUUGAUGAGCACCAGUCAGCAACACACUCACACAUAAUACACUCUGUCUAUCCCUUGUACACACACUCAUCUACCACGAGUCGGUUCUAUUCCAUCGAUGUUUUCAGUUAUCAAGUUAUAAGGCAUAAGUAGCCCGGACGCGCCCGGACGUUCAGCACUCGCUGACCUCUUUGUCAGACGUGUCACAACUCGGCACAGGAGAAAGGCGCAUCUCUCGCCUCAUCUUAUUAGAUCAUCGUAGUCACUCCAUCAUUCCAUCUCCCCCUGACUUCACUGUCUUUGCGUCUCUUCGUCCCCAAGCCGGGCUAACUCGCUGAAGAAGGAGAGGAAGAAGAAGAAGAAGACGACCACCAAGAAACAGAGGUCGAACUAUCUGUACCAUACAGGAUGGAUUACUCCUCGUAUUUGGGCCAAAACGCGUACGAGUCCUGCCUGAGUGGGGUAGAGGGCACCGGACUGGGCAUCCAGACCUCUUAUGGGGAGUUUGCUGGUGCCGUGAGCUCCCAGCCAAGUCAGGGUUACCCCUACAGCAGUCUACGCCCUUCGGUCAGCUAUGGUAGCGGUGCAGGUGGCAUGCCUGGUACAUGUAAUCUAGCCUCAAUGAUGGACCACCAGCAGGUCCCUCAAUGCUCCCCAUACUCAGGAGCCUACCGCAGCGGUCGUUCGCCGUCGUCCCAGCAGUAUGCCGGGGUUCCGUACAUGCACCGCAUUCUCCACGAGGGGGCGACCACCAACGGCCUGCAUGAGAAGCGGAAACAGAGGAGGAUUCGGACCACCUUCACCAGCGCGCAGCUCAAAGAACUGGAGAAGGCGUUCCAGGAGACCCACUACCCUGACAUCUACAAGAGAGAGGAGCUGGCGCUCAAGACCGACCUGACGGAGGCAAGAGUACAGGUAUGGUUUCAGAACCGAAGGGCUAAAUUCCGCAAGACGGAGCGAGCCAACACCGCUGCCGCCAAUGCAACAAACAACAACAACACUACUACAAACAACAGCAACCGCAACAGCAGCAACAGCAACGACAGCACAACCAACAGCACUACCAACGACACAACGGGUGGCACACAACAGGGUAACCACGGUAGCGGCCAGACGGGUGGGCAGACCACAGCGCAGACGGGGGUGAAGAGCGUAAGCGGCGCCACGCCCACCAAGAAGAGGAAAGGCGAUGAAGCCUCGCCGGUUAUCACCACAAACGGCAGUGUCUCCACCGCUGCACCCACAGGUUUAACCAGCACACCUAGCGGGGUCAGCACCACCACUCCCCUGACCACGCCCUGGACUGGCACCACGUCCACCACCCAGGCAAUCCACGGUCCCUACUCCACAAUCUUCCCGACUCUGCCUCAUGUAAGUCACGCUCAGAUCAAGUCCUCGCACAUGAAGGGACCGUCUCACCCCUCGCUAUUUCCCCUCAACUAUUGACUGCUCUCACCUGGAUCUGAUAGGCCGCAUUGAGGACACCUCCAAUAGAACACACGAAGGGACCGUUUCGCUUCUCGCUAUCCCCCUCAACUAUUGACUGCUCUCUUCUAGGUCAGAUAGGCCGCAUACGCGCACCGAGGACACCUCCGGAUAGAGCACACGAAGGGACCGUCCCACGCCUCGCUAUUCCCCUAAAACUAAUUGACUGCUAUCUUCCGGGUCUGAUAGGCCACAUUUAGGGCAACUCUACGUCAUACCGACAGGCAACCAAAACACUUAAGCAUCUUUUGCGGGUUAUCUUGCCUAUAUUAAACAGUUUGUGUCGACACUUUCAACCACUCAUAUUUAAAGAGAUAUGCAUGGAGUGCAGAAGAGAACAGUUAGCCGGAUGGAGGUAUCACGUGACCACAACAUCCAAUUCUGUGUAAACCGAAAGGACUACAUAGCCGCCAUCUUGUGUAUGAAGUCGAUAUAAGCCAUUUUGUGAAUGGCUGUUUUGGUACUGUAACAUCUCAUAGGCCUAAGCCCUUUCUAUCUUCAGAUAGCUCGUCUUCAUCUGCACUUCAAAUAGCGGUAAUAAAACAUGUUCUGUCAGUAGCGGACAAAAUCAUCGCUUUCAUCAACUCGGUGAUGGAAAAUAGGUCUGGAGCCCAGACAUUUCUUUACCCUGCGUGUAUCAACAUGCGGUAACUUGUGGUGUGCAGGACGAGUAUACUGUACAGAGGAGGGUGACGCAAUUAAACGUCGAUUUUAUCUACCUUCAAUAGUUAUUUUGUAUAAAUAGAGGUAAAUACUUUGUGCAAUGUUACCAUUUAAAAACAAUCCAGGUUGUUCCGUUUUACUUUAUUAUGUUUUAAGUUAACACUCACACAAACUUGCCAAAAAAGUACUUAUUUGUUUCAAACAGUGCCAAAAAUGUGAAAUAUCUAUAGGAACUUAGAAAAUGUGUACCUCGUAGUUAGAUUCAUGUUUCGUUUGAUAUGAUGCGAUUCAGUUCACGCAAACUGCACUCUUUCUUGCAUACAGAUACAAAUUUUCAGCACUUCAUGUGGUAUAGCCGUUUAAAAAAAAGAAGUACACUAAAUAUGGGUAAACAAAAAUAUCCAAAGUCAUUGGGAAAAAAGUCUUUUUAGUUCGAAUUGAAAAAUCAGCAACUUGAAAUUUUGAUUUGCUUUUUUUGUUUUGGGUUUUUAGCUAAGUGUUUGCUAAGAAAAUUAAGCUUUUAGAUUUGUUAUUUAUCAUUUUCAUUAUGAGGUCAAUGAUAUAUGAUGACAGUCUAUGGCCUGGUACUGUGAUGUAUAAACAGUGCGAAAAGUCCUUAUGAUUUAUAUCAAAAUUUUAUUUUAUCAAAAUUUAUAUCAACUUAAUCGUUGAAAAGCCAUAGUAAAUCUAUUCGCUAUGGAUAAUCGCACUACUUGCCAAAAUUGCUGAAGCUUUAUCCCCCACAGUAGGGGAGUCACGUGAUAUUACGUUGUAAUGUCUAGCCAAUCGGCUUCUCUGUACAGAAACAUUUGAUGGAGCGAACCGUGUAAAGAAAGUCUCCAGAGGGAUACUGAAAUCGACAAUGCAAAAAUGAUCGACUGUAAUUGACAACAAGGUUUUUCCAAAGUACGUAUAGGAUCUGACACUCGCUCAACUUUCAUUUUACUUUGACGUAAGGUGUUUCGGGAGAAACAUCAUUUUAAAAACCAGAGGUUUCUUGUUAUUCCAGAAUUGCCAUAGACUUUUUCAGAGAGUGUUUUGGAAAGUGGUUAUGUCAUCCCCCGGCCUCGGAGUCUUCACACUGCCCGCGGUGCUCCAACCGGCCCGAUCAGAUUGACAUAUAAUGAAUUUUAAUUGGACAGUUCAUUCAACUCGCUUUGAAACUACACCUUUAAUCCUCGGGCGUCCAAGACCCUACGGCGCAGCACUUUAGCCGCUGAUUAAAAAAAAAUACAAGUGGCAACGACCGAGGAAUCAUGGCUGUUGUCUCAACUCCGCUUUGAUAUAUCCUGCCAUUUUUCUUUUCACUGGAUAUCGGGCUUUGUUGAUUUUAUUUAUCGAAAUUUGCUUGUAAUUUUUCAUGAUAGUUUUAAUAACCUUUGACAACGCGAGUGUGGUUGACGAAAUAUGACCAAAAAAUAUGAAAAAGAUAUUUGUUUUCCGACCGUUUAUACAAGAAUAACAAUACAUUGCAAAAUAGAUGGAGUGUGUACAUUGCACCAUUGCAUCAAUGGUGAAAGUUUCUUUUUCCGUGGUAUUAUGGAAGAUAUAGUCGAUCGGCAGUGUGAAUUUCUGUAACCUACUCAUAUGUUUUUUAUAAAAUGACUGCAAGAAGUUAACAAGUUCGAAAGUAUACGGCGUAAGGUUCUGGCCUCAAUGCACAUGCAUGGGUGGGUUGUAGUAAAGUUUUCACCAGACGCAGCCUUUACAUGAAAUUCAUAGGCAAUUGAAAUAUGGGUACACUAACCAAAAUGAAGUCCUUAGGCUAAUGGAUUAAUUUCAAGUGGUAUUUUCAUAUUUAUCAGGGAUUUUUUGUUGUUGUCUAGGGAGAUGACAACCAUAUCGGAUGUUGGAGUCAAUUUAGCUUAAAAUGGACCUUGGGGAUACGCAGUGUAUCGGAUGAUGAUCGCUGCUGAGUGAUAUCAGAUCCUGUGUUGUUUAAGAGAGUUGCACUUGGGCACUGAUACUUUUCACUUUAGGGUGAGAGGGUGCCAUUCAAUUUCACCUUUUUGUGGCCUACCUUUGUAUUUUAUGUUUUGAUAUAAUCUGCUUCUUAUACAUGGACAUUUACUGUAAAACAAUCUAUAGCACUGCAUAAUUUACACCCAUGGACAAGUCUUUUGCUGAGUGAGACCGUCAAAUUGAGCUAGUUCAGCAUGCUCAUCACGACAGUCGUACCACAUCCACAGCUGUAUCACAUGCCCGCGUUUUACACACCGACCCGUACAAAUGAGUAUUCAUUGAUACGGCAGAUUUGUAUCGCACGACUCGAGUAUAUUAGGAAUCUUUAAAGAAGGAGUUUAUCAUUCUGAUGUAAUGAACAAACUGUCCAGCGGCGAUUUUCUCGCUGAGUGUAUGCAAUCCCCGUAACCCAACACGCCGAGCUAGCCUUCGCGCCAUUAUCGUCCCGGCACAAUGAGACAUUGAACCGGCCCGUGUCGACUGCCAAUAUGCAGACGAUACGAGACUCCGUGUGUUAUUUUGCUCCUUCUUCGUGCGAUUUUCCCGCCAAAAUGUAUCCACCGGCGAUUUGUGUAUUUUUCCUGCCAUGGAGACCGAAAAUUGCCGAGACACGCAGUCAAUUGAUCCACUGACUUAAGGGCUAGUAAAUUAAGGUAAUGAAGUUUGGCGGUGAUGAGCCGCUAAAUUGCCGGCGGGGGGAACAUUGUACAUUUAUUUCAUUUGAUUUCCAUGUUCAUUUUCUGCACCUUUUUCUACACUCGCAGUUUAUUAAUAAUAAUACAACUAAGAAAAAAGCUCGGGGACAUUACGUGCAAUGUGAAGUAUGAUUAAGUGAUUUUGAUGCGAUGUUAUUCAUUUUACUAAAACAGAAGCCACGGGUUAUUUCAGGGGUAAAAUGGCCGCAUUAGGCCUAUAUGACAUUCAAAAGUUGAUGUAAAUAUCAAAAUGAGCUUUAGGAUUUUUUUUUUAUUUUGUUGAAAAAAUAAAUAUUAUCUAAAACAAAUAUUGUGGGCCAUGUGUAGGUUUAUUGAUUAAUGUAAAACGGAACUACUUUUGCUGAGUGCACAUUGUGUUGGCCCAUGGUAAGUCUAGAAAGAUGGAAAAUGUAUCACGUGAUGAGACAAAACAUCAACCAGAGUGUUCCGGAUUUCUCUGUGCAAUGGGUCAAUGAUUAGUAACUACAUUCGAUACAUGGGGACAUUGUAAAGAUUUUUCGUCUGCACCAAAUAUUUGUUAACUUUUAUAACUCCAAACUUGUUCCGAAUUUUGUGUUUAUCGCCAUACAAUAGUGUGGCAAAUACAGUUAUUGUGUGCUUAACCCAUCCACUGCAUUAUUUGUAUAUAAUUCGUACGUUUGAGGGUUAAUUAAAAAAACGUGUACCAUAGGAUGAUGUAUAAUUAGACUGGUUGAAGUUUGUGCUGAUGGAUCUGACAAUUUUUGCAGAUUUUAGAGAUGUUUUAAAAGUUCUGUUCAUUUUGGGUCAAAUUGCAAGACGAUGUGACAUAAUUUAUGUGAUUGAUUAAAAACCAACAAUGCAUUCGUGCAAUUGG